CAAAUGUCUGGUAUUCAGUUACGCAGGAGUUUUUGGCCCGGUUGAGACAAUAGUCGUAAGCUAAGAUAGGUAGUUAACCUUACGGAACGAAGCAUAUGUGACGGUUUUGGCGAUUUCUCUGGGAUUAGACUAUCGUCGGGCGAAUAGAAUUGUUUAUUACAAAUGCUUUCCUAUGAAACAGCGAGCUGUUUAAACCAUUAAAAUGGAAGACAGGCUAACCACAGUUGCGAUGGCUAUGUUUACUAACGUAGCUAACCAACUAGCUAACGCUAGCUUGCCUGCCUUCUGCCUGCCGUAUAAGGAAAUGGGAGGACUGUGUUUUAGAUUUAUAUGUUUACUAAGAACUUGAAGUCAGUCUGUAUCCCAUUUUCCGCAUGUCGCGUCCUGGAAACAAACAGCUUUUUGAAAACGAAGAAUUGAACGCAAAAAGGUUACUGAAUGACAAAUAACUACAGUGUGGCUACAAACAGUCGCCAAUGUUAGCAACUUAGCUAGCGCUACAGCUAAAUUCGGGAGUGUUGUAACUUGUCUGCGUGGAGCAAAACAUUCUCAGAAUCUUUCAAAAAGCAGCGUGAAUCUGUGUUGAUCGACGCUCAGAGAACGGCCAGACCAUGACUUCAGACAGCAGGGUCAGCAAAGCUCUAAAGGUGAAGAGGGAGUGCGGGGAGAACGUUCCGGUGCUGAGCGACAGCGAGCUGAUGUCCCUGUCGGUGCGGGAGCUGAACCUGCACCUGCGCGGGCUCUCCCGGGAGGAGGUGCAGAAGCUGAAGCAGAGGAGGCGCACGCUGAAGAACCGGGGCUACGCGGCCAGCUGCCGGGUGAAGCGGGUGUCCCAGCGCGAGGCCCUGGAGCAGCAGAAGCGCGAGCUGCAGCGGGAGGUGGAGCGGCUGGGCGCGGAGAACGCCGGCAUGAGGCGGGAGCUGGAGGGGCUGGGGGCGCGCCUGGCCGCCCUGCAGAGGUUCGCCCGCGGCCUGGAGCCCGGCAGCGGGAACCACCUGGGCACCGCCCCCCGCCUCAACACCGCCUCCGUCAUCACCAUCGUCAAGACCCCGCCCCAGGGACACAAUCCCAGGGAGCAGGGCAGCUCGUAGGGCUGGUAGAGACACACACACACACACACUCACACAUACUGGCCCACACACACACACACACACACGCAUACAUGCACACAUGCACAGAGCCACUCUCUCUCACACGCGCACGCCGACAGAGAGAUGCAUGGGACUACGAGCAGAGCCAGAUUCACUGAACAGGACAGAUUUCUGGGUUUACUUAUACAGGCAUACACUCGCACACAGUCGCGCACACACACACACCCACACACACGCUGACAGGUACAGGGAUGCACAAAGCUGGGCUCCUGUUGAAGGCAGGGACACAGGCAGUGUCACACACAGCUGGACCGCUCAUUGACCCAUAAACAGGGCUGCUGUAUGGGAGGGGAAGGUCCAAGGAGCCCUCAAAAAAUUGUGCUGUAAUCGUGCAGGGAUUGGGUGACCUGGGUUGGUGGGGCCCAGUUGGUGGGGCCCAUCUUUUCAAGGGGCCCAAAAUCCCUGGCGGUGCCCCUGCCCAUAACGCUGGGUGUAGGACACAAACACAGGGUCAGGGACAUAGACUGUCCUGCAUACCACAUGAUCAACUAAUGGAAAUCAUAGGAUAGAUGAAACUACAGAGUUUAGACAGACAUGCAUCUUAACACCCUUCUGGAACUGAUGGUCAACUGGACAGACAUCCAUACCGGUCUUAAGGCUAUUGCAUUACCACAAACACCCAAGCACCUGGAAUCCAGCAACUGUUCUAUUUCACUUCUCUGUGUAUGCUAUAGUACUGUACUCUGUGGCAGAAGAGAAUAUAUACCACAGUUUGUGUAUUAAUAUAUUUAGCAUUUUCUCAGCUGUAUGUGAGCAUUUAUGAAAAGAGCUCUGUGGGGUAGCCUUGGGCUGUCUCAGACUGCAAUGAUAUGCCAGUAGGUUUUUCUUGAUUGUUUGUUUUGCUGUGAGAUUGUUAAGCCUGCAAGACCGUUCCCUGCAGUACAGUGUCACUGGCUGCGUCGGCUGAGACUGAUCUGUCAAUGCAAUGCUUUUAAUACUGUACAUUCCUUUAUGUCAUUGUUUUAUGUUUGUACAAUUGACAAAAAUGUUCCAACAACAUUUAUCAGAGAUCUUCUAUUUUAUUUGUAUUUAAGAUAUAAAUGACAAAGCUAAUUCGGGCUGUGAUGUUCUACGAGUCCAAAAAUAUCUUGCAUUAUAGGAGGUUAGGGAGCAUUUGUGUGUUCAGUUGUCAUGAUGAUGAUGAUUAUUUUUGUAAUAUAUACUUUUAAUGGUAUCAGUAGACGUGCUUAAAAGAGGAUGGUCAGUUGUAGUAUGACCUGUGUGAGGUAUAUCUGUGUUAUAAUUGUAGUGGCUUGACGUAGGGGUAUAUUGCUGUUUAUACCUGAACGGUCCUCCAUAUUGUCUUCACUGUCAAUGUGUUUCUCUUUCCAGAGACAAGGGUGGGGUAACAGGCUGCUGGCUAGGGGGAUAAAGGAAGAGAAGAGGGAGGGAGAAAAGAAGGGCGAACGAGGGAAUGAGGGUGGAGAGCGAGAGAAAGUGCAGGAAAGGGAGGUGGAGAGUGGCUCCUCGAGCAAAGGAUGGAGAUGGAAGCUGCACGUGCAGAGAGAUGGUAGAAGAGGGUCAACGGAGGUGUCUGAGAUGGACAGAGCGAAGGCCGUGAGAGGGAGGAGGGGUGGCAGCCCUGCCGCAAUUAACCAAUGAUUGUUAUUUGUCCCAAUUAGCUCAGAUAUUUAAAUCCUUUUAAAGGUAUUUUUGGUGUAUUUUCUUCAGUAUGAAAAUGAGUCGUUAGAUUGUGAGAGCAGUGGACGUAUCGUCUGAAAACCCACCAUUUACAGGGGCUGAACCUUAUUGAUAAGCUGAUUGCUGUUCGUAACCAAUGUGUUUGGGGAAAAUUGACAUUAAUUUAAUGUUAAUAUGAAUGUAAUUUAUUCAUAUAGACGCUCUCUCAAAAUGUAUUUAGCUAUUACAGACUGUAGGGAGUUGAUUUGAUGUCUCAAAACAUUUAGCCCUAGCCCUAGAAAUGACUAACAAAAAAAAAUACUGUUCUGAAUUUUUCCUAACUGUGUUGGAUGUUUUGUAAUACUCUGAAAAGUUCCUAUUUGUAUUUAUUAUAUGUAUUUUUUCUAUGGUAAAAUGAAAGUACAUCAUGUCUAUUUUAUAUAUUAAUAAUUAAAAUAAACAUUGUAUAUAUUGUACAUAUAA